GAUGAGCGUCAUUGUUGUCUUGGGGUCACAUCCAAAUAAGCACUAAGUAAUCUGAGUCUUUUUGCUUCUAAAAUGUAAGGUGGACCUGCAAUGCAAGCCAUCUGACAGAAGAUAUUUACAUAGUAGUGCCCAAGGGGUGAAACCAUGCCUGCACAGUGAUAGAUCAAUUGAUAAAAAAGCAACAAAGUUAUUUCGUUCACGUACGGAGCAUUUGGAAAGCAAAGAACAUCAGGACAGUGGUGAGAUAUUUACUUCAAGAAGAAGAUUUUGUCAGACAGAAAAAAAUAUGCAAUAGAGAUCAACAACCAACAUAAGUGUUAGUGUUGUGAUAAAAUUAUAUUUAUAGUGUUGUUCAUGAAUGAAUUAGUUCACACAUUGAUGUUCUGAGGCCAUAUGUGUAGUAAAAUUGUGUUCUCACAUCAUGAAGAAGUUCACAAAGAUGAAAAAUGCCCAUGCUGUGAAACAGUUUAAUACUGGAAAGGAAAAAGUACUAGUAGUGAUAACCAUGGAAGAACUCAUAUAUCCGUCAAUCAAAGGUAACAAAUAAUUACCUAGUUAAUUUAUUGGUUGGAAUUGUUAAAAUCAUGAAAGAAUUCAAAUGCCAGUACUGUGGUAAGGCAUUUAACAUAAAACAAAAUUGCAUUGUUCAUGAAAGAAUUCACACUGGAGAGAAACCUUACAAAUGCCAGUAUUGUGACAAGGCAUUUGCUAAACCAUGCGAUUUUGUCAAUCAUGAAAGAAUUCACACUGGAGAGAAACCAUACAAAUGCCAGUAUUGUAAUAAGGCAUUUAGUAAAAAAUGCAAUUGCAAUGUUCAUGAAAAAAAUCACUCAGAAGAGAAACCCUUCAAAUGCCAGUUCUGUGAUAAGAAAUUUAUUCAGCAACGGGAUUACAUUCGUCAUGAAAGAAUUCACACUGGAGAGAAAACAUACAAAUGCCAGUACUGUGAUAAGACAUUUAUUCGAAAAGAUCACUGCAGUGUUCAUGAAAAAAUUCACACUGGAGAGAAACCAUAUGAAUGCCAGUACUGUAAUAAGGCAUUUAUCAUAAAACAGAAUUGUAUUGUUCAUGAAAGAGUUCACACUGGAGAGAAACCAUACGAAUGCCAAUAUUGUGAUCAGAAGUUUACUCAACAAUGGGAUUGUGUCAUUCAUGAAAGGAUUCACACUGGAGGGAAACCAUACAAAUGCCAACACUGUGAUAAGGCAUUUAAUAGAAAACACAAUUGCAUUGUUCAUGAAAAAAGUCACACCGGAGAGAAACCAUACAAAUGCCAAUAUUGUGAUAAGAAGUUUACGCAACAAUGCAAUUGUGUCAUUCAUGAAAGGAUUCACACUGGAGAGAAACCAUACAAAUGCCAGUAUUGUAAUAAGACAUAUAACAGAAAAUACAGUUGCAUUGUUCAUGAAAAAAGUCACACUGGAGAGAAUCUCUACAAAUGUAAGUUCUGCGACAAGAAAUUUACCCGAAAAGAUUACUGCAAUGUUCAUGAAAAAAUUCACUUGGGAGAAAAAACUUACAAAUGCAAGCAUUGUAAUAAGGCAUUUAAUAAAAAACAAAAGUGCGUUCAACAUGAAAAAAGUCACACUGUAAAGAAACUUUACAAAUGUCAAUACUGCCAUAAGAAAUUUUCUGUGAACAGUGAUUGUGUUGAUCAUGAAAAGAUUCACACUGAUGAAAAACCAUAUAAAUGCCAAUAUUGUAAUAAGACAUUUGUAAGAGAACAGUAUUUCAUUCAACAUGAAAGUAUUCACGCUGACAAAUUAUCUAUAAUGAAUAAUUGUGUAAAUCAUGAAGUUUUUCACUGUGAAAAGAAACCAUACAAGUGUAAGUUGUGCUACAAGGCGUUUGUCAGCAGAAAUGAAUUCGAUCUACAUGAAAAAGAUCACAAUGAUGUGACGUCUGUUUCAGGAGAACAUGCCAGUGGACAGUAUGAUACAGAAAUCUGUCAUGGUACAAAUAUUGUCUGCCAGGAUAGAAAUGGGGUCAAACAGGAAUUGGUUAAAAAGGAAAUUGAGGAUUACGCUCCUGUAAGAGAGCAACCAUAUCCUGUUGCUUUGUUUAAAAAUGCAUUUGCUUAGUCAAAUGUAGUUUAUGCGUAUUUCAUGAUAGAGUAAAAAUGAUUUGAAAAAAGAUCGGCAUGUAGUUUUCAAGUACUAACUACGUCUUUGACUUAUUUGAACAGUGUAGCUUACAGUUGUAAUAUGUACAGGCUUUUAUUUGACCAGGUCAUAAUUUAUUUUUUAAGUUUUACAAAUUUUGCAGUGUCACAUUAAACGUAAAUGCUAAAUUGAAAGUUUUUGUAGUGCCAAUUUAAAACUAAAUUCAAUAAAGAAAACUAUUAAGAUGGCUACUAACAUAUAUGAUAGAAGUAAAUGUAUUAUUCUGACCAAAUUUUGUUCUAGUAGCCUUCAGAUAGAAAAUCUGU